AUGCUCGAUCCCUUCCGGCUCUCUCUGCCAUCGCAGAUCGAUGCUCCCCUCGUCCGAUUCGCAAAUGCAGCUGCUCUGCCCUCGCUUCCGCAGCAUGCGCACGAGGUUCUCUUUGCGAUCGGCCUGUACUCUUUUACAAUGGGCGUGGUCUCUCCAGCGGUCUCAAAUGUCCUUGUUCCCAAGACAUACAAAGGAUUCGACAGCCGGACGAGGAUCAGCUGGGACAUUCACUUCGUCAGCUUCGUCCAGGCCUGUAUCGUGAAUGCGCUAAGUUUCUACCUCAUCUUCUACGAUGAAGAGCGCAAGGCCUGGCGCGGCGAGGAGAACUGGGAGAAGCGCAUUUGGGGUUAUACCGGCAUGACCGGAUUCACGCAGAGUAUGGCACUGGGCUAUUUCCUGUGGGAUUUGUACAUGUGCUUGCGAUAUUUGAAUAUCUUCGGAUGGGGAAUGGUCGUGCAUGCGGUUGCUUCGGCGGGCAUGUUUACGUUCGGAUUUCGCCCAUUCAUUCACUUCUGGUGUCCCGUGUUCUUACUACACGAGCUCUCGACCCCAUUCCUCAACAUUCACUGGUUUUGCGAUAAACUGGAUCUUACCGGAUCCAUCUACCAAGCUGUCAAUGGCGUCUUCCUGAUGGCAACAUUCUUCGGCUGCCGCCUCGCAUGGGGCACUUACGGUUCCAUCGGCGUAGGCCGCGACGUCUACCGCGCCGUCACGACUGGCUACACUGUCCCACAAUACCUAGAGGAUAAGAUUACGCAAGUGCCGAAUUACGGCAACAUCGAAGAUCCCGUCGGUCAGACGACGCAUUACAUGACAGUGCGAUAUCUGCCGCUGUGGUUGGGUGCGAGCUAUUUGGCAGCGAAUGUCGUUCUGCAGUGUCUCAACUUUUUCUGGUUCUCAAAGAUGGUGGCGACCAUUCGGAAGCGAUUCACUCCUCCGUUUGGAACGAAAGGUGUUGGUGCUGAUAAAAUCCAUUACUACCCGGAGGAGAAAAAGGCAAAGGCCGCGAAGAAGAAGAACUAG